AUGGAUGCUAGUGUUCAACAGAGAAAAACCAGAAUUUUGUCCCUCCGCAGGUAUUCAGGAGAUGUCCAGGAUCACACCUUCAUCAUCACGUUCUUCACCACCUGCUUCAUCCUUCCGCUGGGUGUGAUCAUCGUCUGCUACUGCAAACUGCUCCGGAAGCUCAGAAAGGUGUCUAACACGCACGGCAGGCUGGGUAAUGCCAGGAAGCCGGAGCGUCAGGUGACUCGUAUGGUGGUUGUGAUGAUCGUGGCCUUCAUGGUGGCCUGGACCCCAUACGCUGCGUUCUCCAUCGUGGUCACGGCCCUUCCCAGCAUUCACCUGGACCCGCGGCUGGCAGCCGUUCCGGCGUUCUUCUCCAAAACCGCAGCCGUUUACAACCCCAUCAUCUACGUGUUCAUGAACAAACAGUUCAGAAAGUGUGUGGUUCAGCUCUUGAGCUGCAGUGACGUCACCGUCAUCGAGAGGAACAUCAACCAGACCACUGAGCGCGCAGGCAUGACCAAUGAGAGCAACACAGGAGAGAUGUCCGCCAUCGCUGGAACCGUCCCACCUAAAACAGAAGAGCAUCCCAAUGAACGCAGCUCCUGCGCCCAAAUUCCCAUUCCUGAGAACAAAAUUCACUCUAGCAUGAUCCGGGUCUCUUUCUCUGGCUCCUGA